AUUGAAGGCCAUUUCAAGGAAGCAAUAGUAACCCUACAUGUGUAUGGUGAAAAUAGUUGCCACAACCUCUAAUUAGUACCUCUUAAUCACUUUUUGAAGAUCUACUUAUUAGUAACAACCACAUGAGCAAUCCACUUAAUUAUAUAUUAUAAAUAUAAAGUCUCUUAUUGCUCCUAUAAUAUUAACAAGCCAACUAUCCCUCAUUUCAUUUCCUGGUUGUCUCAGAUUCUGCUCGUGUCUUAUUACCACAUUUUUGUCAUCAUAUUCUAUUAAAACUUUAUAUUAUAACCAAAAACAGGAAUCUUUGGUACAUUAGAGACAGCACAGAUAGAUUUCUUCUGCGUUGUCCAUUUGACUACAAAUCUUGUCUCAAGCACACUUACUUUAUAGUAAAGUAACUAAAAUAUAUUCCAUCAUAACAUGCAGACACUAAUUCAAAAGCUCUUCAAGACUACAAAUGAGACUACUACUUCUAUAAGCAACAAACAAACUGUCAAUAAUAAGAAGGCAAAAUCGAAAGAGAUUGUGUUGUUUGGGAUCUGUCGUGGGAAAAGCAAGAAUUUCGAGUUAUUCAACAGUAUAUUGUGCAGGAAGGAUAUUGGAAAAGAGUAUUUUUACAGUACAAUUCGAUUAAGGGGAGUAGGAAGUUGUCAUAGGAGCCAACAAUUUGAAUAUUGUAUGAAGAUGAAAAAAGAGAACCUUAGAGUUACUAACAAAGCAGAUUCAACAGUAACUGGAAAUCAUGUAGGAAAUAUUACACAAAUUUUGCCUAUUACGCAUGAUUCGACGAAUGAUCAUAAAGAUGGUGGAGAAAAGAAGGAAAAAGUUAAGGGAGAUAAAGCUAAGAUGAGCAUCUCUAAAAUGAAAGAGCUACUAAGAUGGGCUGCUGCUGCUAAAACUGAUAAGGGAACUAGAUACAUAACUAGAAAGGUAUUCAACUUUAGGAACAGAGCAACAUUGAAAGCAGUUGCAGAUGAUGAUCAACUAAGUAAUGAUUCCCCCAAAAUUAGCUUUAGAUGGGAUGCUGAAAGUUGCUCCACAACUUACUCAGCUAUGUCAAUGCCUAAUUCAUCAACAACAAAGAAUCAUGAACAAUCAAUUCAAAUUAACUUUGCUUCUGUAAACUCAACUCCAAUUCACAUAGAUCACUGCCCUAAAUUGAACUGGAUUACCACUGAUUCUGAAUUUGUGGUGUUAGAGCUAUGAAGACUAUAAAUCUGGCAUGUGCAGUAAUUGAUGAAUAGCUAGAAAUUUGAUUUUAUCAGAUGUUAUGAUCAAGAAUUUUAGAGGCAGAUUAAUGUAACAUUAAUUCCAAUUAUGUGAAGUUUCUCUAUUCAUCUUCUAACCAAUGAUUUACUCUUUAAUUCCAAUUAAUAGUCUAUCCAUUCAUUUUAUGGAAAAGACAUAAAUGUACUUCUCAACUUAUUUCGAAAAAUCAUUCACACGUUUGACUAUCACGACGACCUAUUGAAUACUGAAAGAGUUGGUUUGGUUCUUACUUAGCGAAAGACUUGAAACAUAAAUACAAGGAUUCAAUGCAUCUCUAUUCAACUAUUUAAUAAAUAACUUAGAACGUUUAAAGGUCAAAAUAUUCAGCUUGGCAAAAGUGGCAACUCAAGUCUUAACAUAACAAAUAACAAUGUCUAAGUUACUAACUGUCUAUGAAGCCUCUAAAACAAAGAGGGAUGUCGAGACAAGACCUCUGAUCAUCCUAACAACUUAAAUGAACCAAAAUAAUAAGGCAAAACAUGAUCAAAGGGAUCCUUUGAAAAGUUAGGAGGCUCACCAACUAACUCUGUGUGCUCAGCUGGAUCAACUAGAUGUGCUGGAGUCUGAUCUUGGUUACAUGUGUCUGCAUCAUAAAAUGAUGCAGGCCAAAUGACAUCAGUGCAUUGAAUAUAUGAGUGCGCGAGGAGAAUACUAAACAAGACAUACAUAAGCUUGUUUUAUGAUCACUUACCUUGGCUUUACUCAACUCACGAAUAAUUCAACUCAAAUGCAAAGUAAAACAACAAUAAUGAUGCAGUUAUACAAAGCAUUUAAAACAUGAGGUAGCAACUCAAUUUGUUAAAGAAAUGCAAUAACAACUCACUUUAUAUAUAAGUAAUAUAAUACUGUGGUAGUUUCUCUAACCGACAACCACCACUAUGAGCCUAAGUGAUGAUACAUUGUCUUGUCCAUAUUGCCAGAAUUGUCCUAUACUUUGUCAUCAUAUAGAACGUCUUAACUAAGUGAAUCCACUAGUCUAUGCUAAAAAGAACUAAGGAAUCAUCUAAAAAGUAUGAUCAUUUUCUACCCAUGAUGACUACAUGAUAUAUGAAUAUUUAAGUUAUUAUGAACUCGCGUUCCCACAUCGGUGCUCAAUAUAUACUACUCCCAAAAUAUACUCAACUCAUAUGUUUUUAAAACAAAACUCUUUUUUUGGUUUGAGAUAAUUGCUCAAAUGUCGCGCCCCAUUUUCGCAGAAAACGGGUUUUGUGCACGACCUAACAACUCCUUUGGGAUUUUCGAGUUUGGAGUCACCACCUAACGAAUUAAGGCGCGUUAGGGCACCUAUCUAACCUAACUAAGUCUAACUAAGGUCAACGAGCCAGAGAUUAGGGUAAGGGUUCAAAUUACCUCGAGGGGAAGGUGUUAGGCAUCUCUCGAGGUCCACAAGUGUGGGUCCCGACCGUAUCUCAUGCAAUCUAUGUGGGUGUUACGAUUAACAAUCAAAGUCACUUCUUUAUUAAUUUAUUUAAUCUUGCUAAGUGAUAACAAAUACAAAACAAUUAAUACUAUUAAUUUGAACAUGCAAGGCUAGGUGAUAGCAAUAAAUAAACAAUCAAAUUUUAUUUUUAUUUAAGCAUGUAAGACUAUGUUAUAAACAAAAUUGCCAAAAAUUAAGCUAUUAAUAUGUACGAAAGUAAAGUUUUGAAAUUGAGCAACUUUGAAUAUGAAUUU